GAAUCCGAAAAGCUCUUCGCUCCUCUUCCCCGAAUCCACGCGCGCAGGCGACGCAGCUGCGGAGAUAUUUUCUCCUCUUCGAUUCUAUCCAAAAAGGAGGAAGAGCUCGCGGUGGUUGUUCCCAUGGCGAUUUCGCUCUCUCCCUCUUCGAUUCCUUGCUUGAGGAGCGAGAAUCGGGCCGGCGCCGCCCCCGCCUCGUCCCCCCCGCCGCCGCUCCGGCUCCGGCUCCCGGCUGGCUCUCGCGGGUUCUCCGGCGGCGGCGGAGGAGGCCGGAGGAUCUCGGUGAAUCCGUGGCCUCGGAGCUCCUCUCUGGUGGUUGAAGCUAAGAAGCAGACAUAUAACUCUUUGGAUGAUUUGUUGGCCAAAUCCGAGAAACCUGUAUUAGUUGAUUUUUAUGCUACUUGGUGUGGUCCUUGUCAAUUUAUGGUUCCCAUCCUUAAUGAGGUCAGCAUUAGACUUAAGGAUACAAUUCAAGUUGUGAAGAUCGAUACUGAGAAGUACCCCAGCAUUGCUGAUAAAUACAGGAUAGAAGCAUUACCUACCUUUAUCAUAUUUAAAGACGGGGAGCCCUUUGAGCGUUUUGAGGGUGCUCUGACAGCUGAUCAACUGAUCCAGCGGAUUGAGGAUUCGCUGAAAGUUAAGCAAUAGCUUUAGUGAGCCCCAGUUAUUCUCUUGGUAUUGUUCCAUUGUAAGCAUAUGUCUUGAACAUUGUCCUUUCACAAAUCCUCCAGAAUGUUGCAAUUCUCAUUUGAGAAUGAUAAUCGGUGGCCUCAGCCUUGUUGUAUGAA